GUCUGAUACAAGCAGCACAAACUGGGAAGUUAUCUUGAGGUUUUAUAAAAACAUUUAAAAUCAAACUUUUCAAAGUGAUCAUGUUGCAACAGGCAGAUUUCAGAACAAAUGUUUUUUUUUUUUGAAAGUCCAAAAAUUUCCUGCCUCAUUGGAAUAACAAAAACACAACUUUUGUGGACGAGGUACUCUUGCGACUUUGUAAUGAGUUAUACGAUUGGUCAAGUUUAAAAGCGGAAGUUACUACAUUGAUUGUGAUUGGCGCUGGCUAAAGGAGGAUGAUCUUUGGGAUUCGGGAACGGUGGAAGCAAAAUUCCAAUUUCCAGCAGCCGCGUGUGUCUCCCUGGAGUUGGGCUGGGAUACUUUGAAAACAACUGUGUAUUUCGUGAGGAUAUUGAAAUAUGAUCGAAACUUCUACAGGACCAAAAUAUUUUUGUAUUUUUUAAUGGGAAAUAAAUACUUUCCAACACAGUAUGUAACGUCGCUUUUCACAACGGCUCAACCAUUUGGACCAAAGACUAGAUAAAGGAUGGCUGUGUGAACUGGAGAGACGAGCCCUACUCGGAGGACUACUGCUGUCUAUUUGGUGGGAUCUAUAGCUUUCCAUGUGGACACUAAAUUAUUGUCACCUCUUGCGUGAAGUGAAAUGAUGGCGUCACAUUGGAAAGGUCCAUGCGAUGAAGAGGACGAGAGACUGACCAGAUCCUCUUUGUGCGAGACUAACGUGCCAGAGUGGGGUGAGCAGGGGGGUUCCCCUGCAGGCCUGUUCAACCUGCAGGGAGAGGAGGAACCCUUCUCGUGGCCAGGGCCCAAGACACUCCGUCUUCGACGCACCUCUCAAGGCUUCGGCUUCACUCUGCGCCACUUCAUUGUCUACCCACCCGAGUCAGCCGUGCACUCGUACCCCUUCCCGGAGGAAGAGCAUGGCCGCAGAGGGAGACAACGGAACAGGCUGGAGCCGAUGGACACCAUCUUUGUGAAGCAAGUGAAGGAGGGAGGUCCCGCCAACGAAGCUGGACUCUGCACAGGAGACAGGAUAGUAAAGGUGAACGGAGCGAGUAUCAUUGGGAAAACCUACUCUCAGGUCAUAGCCUUGAUACAAAACAGUGAUGCCUUUCUUGAACUCUGUGUUAUGCCAAAAGAUGAAGACAUACUGCAGCUGGCCUAUUCCCAGGAUGCGUACCUCCGAAGUCGCAGUGCCUACAGUGGAAACGCCCGUCACAUCCCCGAGCCGCCCCCCAUAUGUUACCCUCGUGUAGACUGUAAGCCCCCGGGGAUGGCCCAGGCUACAGAGACCCCCGCCCCAGUUGGAGUGGGGGUACAGGGAGCAUGCCGGGGGGCAACACCACCAGACAUGGGGUACCGAAUGGAGAUUCCCGUGCCCCCCUCCCCUCCUCCUCCUGCACACCCGUACCCCAAAUCCCAGACCGCGGCGUGCAUGCGCAACGACAGCGUGAGGACUGUGGUAAUUCCUCCAGAGCUAGGCCGUAUAGGACCAGCACACAGAAUAGACUAUAGCCUGGUAGGGCCCCCUGACCCUGGCCUCAUCAGAGUGCGUCCUGGGUCUGUGUCCCACUACCCCCUGCCACGGAAAACAGACAUCUACCCCUCUGGGGCGAGCCUCCUCAAUUACAGUGCCCCGCUACCCCACUAUCCACCCAACUCUAACUCCCCCAACCCCGUCUCUCACCAAAACAUAGACUGGCGGACGUACCAGACCUACAGGGAGUACAUCGAUAACAAGAGUAUCCACGCCUAUGGCAGCCGGACCAUCCAGGAGAGACUAGAAAGCCUGCGAACCGCCAGCCAGAACACCUUCAACUCCUCCCACCACAUCCCCCGGGGUGGCUGGGGCCCCAACCCUAAGGGUCUCCGGCGCAGGAGCACCUCCCACGACCGCGCCUACCAUGGACCUCCGCCCCCCUUCCACCACAUGCCCCCCCGCAGCUCUUCCCAGGACCGUAUGAGUAUGGCGGAGCGGGGGGUCCACCCCAGGAACUGGCCUCCUCGUAGUGUGUCCCAGGAUGGAUUAACACACAAGGCCCGUGCUCGCUCCUCUGACUGUGACUAUGUGGACUCUGUGGAGCUGGGCCGGCCCAUGGUGGAUAGACGGGGCUACGCUGGCAGGCUGGACCAGGGUACACGCCCCAGCAGGCAGAGCCUCUCCAAACAGGCUGUCCAUCACCGACCCCCUGCAGGGUACGGUAGGGACAGCCUCCGGGGAACGCCAAUGCCCAAUCCUACCCUCUAUGCUAAAGGACCAGAGCAGCUCCAGCACCAGCCUCACAGCGCUCCUAAUAUGACCCAAGACACACCCUCUCACCUGGGGAAGAUUAUCAGCUUGGAGCCCUCCCCAACCGACCAAAGAGCUGGAGUCAAAGGUGUGAACCAUGUGAGCCAGAGCAGGGGGCGGGCGGAGACCAUGCAGCCGGCAGGGGAGGUGCCAGGGAGAGAGGUGGCAGCGGUGGUGGGCCAUAGGUACUCGUCCUUAUCCGCCUCCCAUCAGAGACCACAGAGGCUUGGGAUCCUCAAAACCUCCCACCACCACCCACCUCGCCCAGAGCCCCAGGCCCAGGUGAACGGUCGCGGCCCCUCUGCCUCAGAAUUGGGCGUGGUCCUCAGGGAAAAGCCUCCUGGGUCGGUGAAGAACCCCAGCCCCCUGCGCCACCCUUCCUACAUCCUGGCGGUGAACGAGGAGGACGGUUCGGAGCCAGCAGCGGACGCAGUGUGCUGGCUGCCCAACGAUGCGCGGCGGGAGAUGCACAUGCGGCGGCUGAGCAAGAAGCAGGAGAAGGACCAGAACUCAUGCUCCUCCAGCAACCUGGAGGAGUCCCUCGACUCAAUCCCCUUUAUCGACGAGCCGGCUAGCCCUAGUGUUGACCACGAGGCCACGUCCAUUCCUGCUUCCGCCGUGAUAUCUGGCGUUCCAGCCAUACUCCCCCUGAACCCAAGCUCCUCCCCGUGCCCUUUCAUUCGCCGACAGCUGUCACAUGACCAAGAGUCCCUCAGAAAUGCUAUCCUGGAGUCUGAUGCUUCGACCAAACAAGAGAGGUCCAAAUCCUGUGAUGAGGGUCUGGAUAACUACAGAGAGGAAGGCAGAGGCCGGUCCAACAGUAAACACAUGCCUGGACUGAGAGGCCUAAGAAAGGCUCUGGAUGGACACAAGUCGUCUGAUGACUCUGGUUCCAGAAGGGACUCCUCUUCAGAUAUCUUCAGUGACUCUUCUAAAGAAGGCUGGCUCAACUUCAGGCAGCUCAACACUGAGAAGAGCAAGCGUGUGGGCGGGGGUUCGAGGUCGUGGAAGCAGAUGUACGCUGUGCUGCGAGGCCACGCCCUCACGCUUUACAAGGACAAGAAGGACGGCAUCUCUCACGCCUCCUCCCAGUCCGACGACGACCCACAGCCAAUCAGCGUCAAGGCCUGCCUGAUUGACAUCUCCUACAGCGACACAAAACGCAAGAACGUGCUGCGGCUGACCACGUCGCACUGCGAGUACCUGUUCCAGGCGGAGGGCAGGGAUGACAUGCUGUCCUGGAUCAGAGUCAUCCAGGAGAAUAGUAAUCUGGAUGAUGAGAAUGCUGGUAUAACUAGCCAAGACCUGAUCAGCAGAAAGAUCAGAGAGUACAACACCAUGAUGAGUGCCCCCAGCCCCAAGACUGAGCCUUCCCCCAAAACCUCCCGGCAGUCCCUCAGUAUCAGACACACCCUCCUGGGGGGGAAGGGAGAAAGCAAGAGCCCACACUCACCCAAAACAGGAGAGAGGGAUGACUCCAGUCCUCCACGGGAUAAGGCUGCCUGGAGGAGGGGCAUCCCCGGCAUCAUGAGGAAGCCCUUUGAGAAGAAGGCCACAGCUGGGGUCACCUUUGGGGUGCGCCUCGAUGACUGCCCAUCUGCACAGACCAACAGGUUUGUUCCCCUCAUCGUGGAGGUGUGCUGUAAGCUGGUAGAGGAGAGGGGGCUGGAGUACACUGGGAUCUACAGAGUACCAGGGAACAACGCUGCCAUCUCCAGCAUGCAGGAGGAGCUGGACAAUAAAGGACUGAUGAGUGACAUCGACAUCCAAGAAGAUAAAUGGAGGGACCUAAACGUGAUCAGUAGUUUACUGAAAUCCUUCUUCCGGAAACUUCCAGAACCCCUUUUUACAAAUGAAAAAUAUGCAGAUUUUAUUGAAGCCAACCGAACAGAAGACUCAGUGGAGAGGUUGAAAGAGCUCAAGAGGCUGAUCCUUGAAUUGCCUGAGCAUCACUAUGAAACCCUCAAAUUUCUCUCUGGACACCUCAAGUUGGUCUCUGAAAACUGUGAGAAAAAUAAGAUGGAGCCUCGUAACCUGGCCAUCGUGUUUGGUCCGACUCUGGUCAGGACCUCAGAGGACAACAUGACCAAUAUGGUCAACCACAUGCCAGACCAGUGCAAGAUAGUGGAGAACCUCAUUCAGCAGUUUGACUGGUUCUUCACUGAGGAGGGGGACGAAGACCCUGUUACCUCAGUGGAACAGGAGAGUACAGUGCAGUCUCAGCCUGUGCCGAACAUCGACCACCUGCUGUCCAACAUCGGCCGGACCACAACAACCACCUCGGCUGCGGAAGUCUCAGAUUCAGCAUGCAGUGACUCCUCCAAAUCAAAGCAGGGCUUGUGGGGCUCUGGGAAGGACCAGUGUAGCAGGGAGAUGCUUCGCUCCUCCUUCUUUGUCAGCCGCAAGCGUAAGAAGCCCAAGGACAAGGCUCAGCCCAGCAGCUCUGACGACGACCUGGACGCUGUGUUUGCUAAGAAGGAGCAGCCAGAACAACAGAGCCUGAGCCACCAGGACCUCCACCCAGCCUGGUCCCCAGACAGCCAGACGGAUGUGGAGAGGGAGGCCAGCGAGAGAGGGGAACAGCCAGGGGACAGGGUCCAAACCAAUGGGAAAGAGUCCCGUUCAGACGGCCUCAUGUCUCAGCCCUCUCCAUCCCCCUCUCCCAAACACACCCCCUCCCUCAGCCUCCGUACCUCCUCCUCCACACGCUCCCCCCGCCUCGGCCACCGCAGGCAGGUGGUCCACCAGUCAUCUCUGUCGGACCCACCCUCCAACUACGAUGAGGUCUCAGACCUGGGCACCAUGAACAGCACCAGCUCUCAGGCGUCUGUGACGGGACCCAGGGUAAGGCAUGGCAGGACAGGUGCCCUGGGACCAGAAACUGGGGCCAGUGGCCUGGGGGCCGAGGUCAGCUCCAUCACCUCAGACUACUCCACCACCUCCUCCAUGACCUUCCUCACCGGGGCCGAGCUGAGCACGCUCAGUCCAGAGGUACACUCGGUGGCCGAGAGCAGGGGAGGAGAUGACGCUGAUGAUGAGCGUAGUGAGCUGAUUAGUGAGGGCCGGCCCAUGGAGACGGACAGCGAGAGCGACCUAUCGGUGUUUAUUGGGAGCAUGAAGGAGACCCGGCCGGGGAAAGAUAUCUGCCAAUCAGAUGUGCCGGAUGCGCCCAGGCCCCUCUCCUCCCACAGACUCAUCGAGUGUGAUACUCUCUCCAGGAAGAAAUCUGCAGCGCGUCAGAAGGCUGACAGCGAUUCCUCGUUGGACGGAGGGCAGAGCGACAAGGAUUCCAAUAGGCUGUCUCGCGUUCUGGGGGUGGUUAAGGGGCGUUCCACCAGCAGCCUUAGCUCCUCCUCCCGCAGCGAGUCAGAGAAGGGGAUUGAGCCUGCAUGGCGUCUCAAGAUCACAGACCGGCUGAAGUUCCGUCUGCGGACGUCCGUAGACGACAUGUUCGGGGUGGGCACCCAGCAGAGCCGCUCUCCAGAGGGACGCAGGGACAAGAAGAAGAACAUCAGACGCAGACACACCAUGGGAGGCCAGAGGGACUUUGCUGAGCUGUCUGUGAUGGGGGACUGGCAGGGGGGGAUGGGUGGGGGCUCGCGGGCAGAGCUGUCGGCCGUGGACCGGCUGAAGCCCAAGUGUUCUUCCCAGGACUUCUCUAUCCGGGAAUGGAUUGCCCGUGAGCGCCACCGCACCUCCAACCCCGAGGUAAGCCUGGACUUCUCUGAACACCAGGGGGCACUGCUCCUCUUACGCAACCCCGACCCCCAGAACCCCAACCACCAGGCCCAGGAGGCCCUGUCGUCGUCCCUCUCAGACCCCCUCUCACAACGCCCAACUCCAGCUGAGCUGCUGAACGGAGACGCAGGUCCCCAUAGUAAAAGCCUGAAUCUGUCGGCCACCGCACACCCACACAAACUCUCUGGUGCUCAGGUGGUCCAGUCUCGCUUCUACCAGUACCUGUGAGAGGUGGUGUCUGUCUGGCUAGGAGUGUGUCUGUCUGUCUUUCUGUCUGUGAGAUGUGUAUGUGUUUGAGAGUCUGUAAGUGGAUGUGAGUGAUGUUUGUAAAUGGCCAGUGAGCAUGUACAGGUACUGUGAAGUGACGUUAGUGUUUACUCAGUCUGUUUGGUGGUUUGUGUUUGUACGCUUAAAAUAAUAAGGGUUACUGCACAGGGGUGGUUUAUCUGACUGACACAAGGCAUGGAACAAAACAUUCAAUUCAUGUUGAUACAUUUUCUCCUUUUUCAUGACAAAUGACAGACUUUGGGAUGGGCGUUGGGGUAGAGAAAUCCUCACUCCUAACAGAAAUCCCUGUUAUGCUGAAGAUUGCAACUCGAGGGCCUCUUGCUCGUGGAUGAACUGAUGAGUCAGAAAGUUGAUUGGUGUAAGGAAGUGUAAACAUGGCUGGUGUUUCAAGUUAAAGAUUGUGAAAAUACAGUAACUGACUUGUAGGAGGUAGGCUACAGUAGUGAAAAAAUGUUUUUUUUUAAGUAUUGCAGAGGAACUAUUUUUGUUGUAUGAGGGUCUCGGUUGGUUAAAAGUGAGUCUUACAGUAACCAAAUUUUAAGAAUGUAUGACAUGCUUGCUGUAAUACUGACUAAAGCUUUAGUCGCUUGUUCACAUUUUAAAUUGUACAGAUCUCCCUUCCUCUCUCUCUACUUGAAGUGUUUUUAUUUUCGGGAUAGCUUGUGUUUUGGACUGCCAUAUGUGCUCUGUGACCGCCGUCGAUUGACCUCUUUCAAGGUGCAUUGUGACAAGACACUGGACUAACGACGUCAUGAAAAUACAAAAAAAAAACGGUUUUUAUUCCACCCUUUUAAGAAAAAAGCAGUGAACAACUACUUCCCUCUAAUUCAAUAUGCUGUGUACUUGUGGUUUCAUGCUUUGGUCAAUUAAGGGCAUCAGAUGGGGGGGUUCAAGAGGGAGAAGAAUAUGAAUAAUCAAAUCAGAAAUCAUGUUUCUUUCGCAAUAGGAAGUGCCUCAAUGAAAUGUAAAGGGUGCCAAAUUGUCUUUGUUGAGAUGCAUAAAGAUUUUACUGUGAAUGACAUUAUCGUGGACACACUGUCGUUCUACAGGUUCUAUCUUAAACAGAGGAACGCCGAGCUUCCAUUCCCUAGGCAUUCCACUUUGGUCUUCACCUUUUUUAUAUUUUUGUUUUUUCAUUUCCUUUUUUUGCAUUAACAGAACUUGAAUUUAAAAUAUUUCUGUAUAAAAUAAGUACCAUGUGUAUAUAAAUGCCAUGUUUUAGCUGCCUUUUUGUUUCAUUUCCAUCAAAUGUCCAGAUUUUUUUUCUAAGUAAAAAGUACAGUAUUGAGAUGUUGCUGAUGGUAGGGUGGGUGUUAGAUUACAGACUGGUGAUAGUCCAGUGGUUCUCUGGGGAGUGAUGAGAGAUUUCUCCCUGCAUGUGAAAAGGCUUCAUUGAGCUGCUGGACCGUUUGUAUCAUUAUGGCAUGUUCUCUCUUUGAGUGGAGGGGCAUGGGCUCCUAAACACUGGAAAUAAAUCUUAUCAAUGGCUAAAA